AUGCCAUACCAGGAUGAGGAGUACCCCGGACAGCCGCUGUGGCAGUCCGUCCUGUUGUUCUGCUGUAAGGGAAUGAUAGAAGGAAUCAUCGUUGUGCUCUUCUUCUGGCUCCUGAUCCAAGUCUUGUUCACCAAACAGCUUGAAAUUCAUCUCCAAGUGCUGCUGCUGGUUGGCCUGGUAAUCUUCUGCCUCUCUUUGCUCCUGGGGUGUUUCAUUUGCUGCAAGAAAAGCCACUUCUGUUCAUCAGAGGAUAAAGAAGCCCCUGCAGCCUCAUGUCCUGCUCCCUCCGAACCUGCGAUCUUCAGCCCAAUCCCCGCUCCCCUGGUCGCACCUUCCUCCGGGCUGCCCUCGAACCCCAGGCUGCACUACGAGGAACUAGACGGUGACAUGAUGGAGUACCCGUCUACGUUCAACAGCCCAGCGCCUUCGGAGAAAGACUUCAAAAGCUUCAAAGAACACCCACGUUCUUACUUCUCGCUCCGUCGUCUGAGCACGCCGCAGCUGUCUCCGUCCUUCUACAAACCAAUCGAUCAAUCCAGCCACACAUCGCUGCCCGUGUUUCCCAAAUUCCUUUCCAAAACGUGUAGAGCUGCCCAAAGACGCUGCACCGUGACUGGGGUUGACCUGUUCGACGAGAGCAGCAGGUUGACCAGUCCUGGAUCCGUUUCUCCAUCAAUGCCAGAGGAGCCUAUACCACUGGCGUCUUUGAGUUAUGGCUCGGUCUCACCAAAACCCUGCCUGCACUUUACUAUGGCCUUCUCAGCGGAGCAUCAAGUCCUGACCGUGAGCAUUUUACGCAUCUCCGGGACGCAACACAAGCUGGAGGAUGUGUCGAUUCUGGGCAGCCUCCCUCCGCUGUACCCCUGUCCCGUUCAGGCUGUUUUGCAGAGUGGCCUUUGCCUACAGCCGCAGACGGUCACGCUGCUUUUGAAGGUGAAUUCGGUGAAGGAGCUCCAGCAAUGUGUGCUGAGGAUAGGGGUCAGCCUCCGGGACGUGCCCCCAGAAGGCAGCGGUGCGGUAGGAGAGCUGGAGGCUGUGUGCGCGGGGCGAGGAUGGAAGAGUGACCAGCUGUUUUACUUGACAAAAGAGCUCAAUCAGGUCAAAGGGGUGCUAAAAACUGGUGCUCAUCCUUGA